AUGGAGGGUAGCCCCAACCAUCUGAUAAAAUGGGGGACGUAUCGAGAAGGCGCCCGGUCCCAACUGCAGAAAUUUGAGUCUCUGUCACAGGAUGACAUCGCGUUAAUGAAAUCUUAUCAGGCUGUCCUUGACAAUGAUGAGACUUUCACCCAAUACUUCUCAGAUGAGCCACUUGAAAGUUACACUAUCGAGAAACGCCUGAGGGAAACCUUGGGAAUUCGUCCUCCCUCUUCAUCUGAGGCUGAGAAUGGUCCCUCUAUCAGCUGGGUCAACAUUUUCCAGUAUGGCAGUUUCGAAAAGGAAAGUGACGGCUCCUACUACUGUUACGAUGAAGGAAAUCGCGUUCAGAUUGAUGAGUCUCUACACAAAAGUAUCUUACUCAACCGGUGCUUCCUCCCAGCAAACUCCUACCUGUGGCCCACCCCCGCCGAUGCUGAAAGGGAGGCGAAAAUCACCUUGGCCAUCGAGGCAGAUGUCUUGGACGAACUCGACAAAAAGAUCAAGUACGUGGAGAAACUGAAGCGACUUCAGCUGUCACUGAAGAAACGCCGAAGUAAGCUUCAAUGCAUUCGAGGCCCUUUGAAAAGGUCUCGCACGCCGCAAACCCCCAGGUCACAGUACCCUACUCCAAACGAGUCAUGUCGCCCUACGGUAUCUGUCGAGACUCUUGAUACCCGUGCACGCAGUUCAUCGGAAAGCUCGGGUGUCUCAAGCGGAUCUGACAUCCCUUUCAACGCCCCUGGCGAUAUCUCCAAUCCAAUAUGUUAUGACACUGAUGAUUACGACGAUGAGACGGUUGAUGAUGAGACGAUUUACGGUCCAGGCCAACGGGAGCGUCUCCUCACAGAAAGCAACCAGACAACAUCUGAUAACGAAACAGGAGUGUCGGUAUCUGGACUUCUCGGCACCAAAAAGCUCGAGGUUGUAGUCCACAAGGAUGACACACAGAAGCCCAAGCAGUCCCAAAAAGACGGGCCAACGAAACACCAGGUCGAUGGCAACGAGGACCCGAUGCGACCGCCUUUGAAAAAGCAAAAGGCGCAUACUGCCUCGUCAUCGGCAGAUAUCGAGACCAUCGACCUUAGCCAAGAGCUGCCAAUGUGGAAAGAAAAGGUCGAUACGCCCAUUAGACCACAACGCAAAGCUUCCAGCACAGGAAAACGACGCGAUAGACACAAGAGAAUACGGAAUAACUUCACCGACUACGAGAAGGCGCAUGCCCCAGCCUGGUUCAAGAGCCAAGUAGACGCAGGAAAGCUCCCAGCCGAUGUUGAGAAAGCCUACGCCGAAAAGUUUGGUGUAUUUCACCGCUGGCUCACAAUCAGGCUUUGGGUCGACCGACUGGAUGAAAGAGCAGUUAAAGCAAAGCGCCCGAGCAAAAUCGUGGUAUUGAAAGUACAACUCCCGGCGCAUCUUCAAAUGGCCUUCAUGAAUGACAAUCCCUCCUAG